GGGAGCCUCGGCGGGGGCCGCCGCGCAGCAGGACCCGCGCCUGGACCGGCGGCCGGGCCUCGCCAUGACCGGCGAGAAGAAGAAGAAGAAGAAGCGGCUCAACCGCAGCGUCCUCCUGGCCAAGAAGACCGUCAUCCGCGAUGGCGCCGGCCGACAAGGGAUCGGGGAGCCCAGUGUGUACCAUGCCGUGGUGGUGAUUUUCCUGGAGUUCUUUGCCUGGGGGCUGCUCACUACCCCAAUGUUAACGGUCUUACACCAGACUUUCCCUCAACAUACCUUCUUAAUGAACGGUCUGAUCCAUGGAGUCAAGGGUCUGCUCUCUUUCCUAAGUGCCCCGUUAAUUGGAGCCCUGUCUGAUGUCUGGGGUAGAAAAUCCUUCCUGCUCCUCACCGUGUUCUUCACCUGUGCGCCAAUCCCUCUCAUGAAGAUCAGUCCAUGGUGGUAUUUUGCCGUCAUCUCCAUGUCUGGAGUCUUUGCUGUCACCUUCUCUGUGAUUUUUGCCUAUGUUGCUGACAUCACGCAGGAACACGAGCGCAGUACCGCUUAUGGCUUGGUGUCGGCCACGUUUGCCGCCAGCUUGGUGACGAGUCCCGCCAUCGGCGCCUACCUGUCCCGCGACUACAGCGACACCCUGGUCGUGGUGCUGGCUUCUGGGGUGGCGCUGCUGGACAUCGGCUUCAUCCUGCUGGUGGUGCCAGAGUCCCUGCCAGAGGAGAUGCGCCCCGUGUCCUGGGGGGCGCCCAUCUCUUGGGAGCAAGCAGACCCCUUUGCUUCUCUCCGCAAAGUGGGCCAGGAUUCCACCGUACUCCUGAUCUGUAUCACGGUCUUUCUCUCCUACCUGCCUGAAGCUGGCCAGUACUCCAGCUUUUUCCUCUACCUGCGCCAGGUCAUCAGCUUUUCCUCUGAGACGGUGGCAGCCUUUAUUGGGGUGGUUGGAAUUCUUUCCAUACUGGCUCAGACUGUUGUGCUUGGGAUUCUCAUGAGGUCUAUAGGGAACAAAAACACCAUCCUUCUGGGCCUAGGCUUUCAGAUCCUGCAGCUCGCUUGGUACGGUUUUGGAUCGCAGCCUUGGAUGAUGUGGGCGGCUGGGGCCGUGGCUGCCAUGUCGAGCAUCACUUUCCCUGCCAUCAGUGCCAUGGUGUCAAGGAACGCCGAUCCCGACCAGCAAGGUGUGGUUCAAGGGAUGAUCACCGGCAUCCGCGGCUUGUGCAACGGGCUGGGACCUGCUUUCUACGGCUUCAUCUUCUACCUUUUCCACGUGGAGCUGAAUGAGAUGGCCGGGGUGGAGCCCCUGGGCAAAGCCUCCAAGGCCAACAUGGCCAACCCCACCGAUGAGAGGGGAAUCAUUCCCGGGCCCCCUUUCCUCUUCGGGGCCUGCUCCGUCCUCUUGUCCCUCCUCGUGGCCUUGUUCAUUCCCGAGCACAGCCUUGCCCUGAGGUCGGGCAGCCACAAGAGACAUGGCAACGGGGCCCAGGCCCACAUCCACGGCCCCCCGGGGGCAGGCUCAGACAGCAAGGAGCCCUUGCUGGAGGACAGUAGCGUGUGAAGGAGUGGAGGCCGCCUGGAGCUUCUACUC